GUCAAAUGAGCACAUGCGAUUAAUCGAUUACUAACAAGUGAUACCCAAGGCUUAUGGUCAAUCAACAGUAGUCUAAUGCAAUGUUGUAGGCAAGCCCAUGUCUUAUCGCGCAUGUAGAGUGUGGAGAAGGUCUCCACAUGGAAUAUAAACCCCAAACGUGGAUUUACCCUAUAGUUCGCUCAAUUCGCCAUGAACGAGUUCUCGGAAAAUAUAUUAAAACCGAAUCAGUGGCUUCAUCAUGGCCAAUAUCUGGUCCGCAACUGUCUAAUUGCAGCAUGAUUGAAAAUAUGUCCCCCGAACAAUAUUUAGGAUAAACGUCUCUCUCGAUGUCGUCCCAUUCUUGUGUUCGACAGAGAAUCACCGAGAAGGUUAAGUUAAAACCAUGUCUUUGAAGUUCCUUGUGCUCACGUUAUCGGCCGCUGCGACUGUCGUUGGACAAGCAGCACCAUGCUCCCCACUGGAGAUGAUCUACGCCAAAGCCACCGGAGAGAGCGGCCAAUACGGCAUCAUAGUCGGCAACACGCUCGUCCGCCAAGUCCUCCAACUCGUCCCUAGCGCAACUGGCUACUCCGUCCCCUACCCCGCCGACUUCAGCGACCGCAGCCCGGAGCUGGGCGUCCAAACCCUGCUCCAGCACCUUCAGACGCAGGUCACCGCGUGCCCGGACCAGAAGUUCGCGCUCUCGGGGUACUCGCAGGGCGCCGUAGUGCUGCAUCGUGCGGCGGUGGAUUUCACGCCGGAGAUCUUCGAGCGCGUGGUGGCGGCGGUGACGUUUGGAGAUGGGGGGCAGCAGGCAACGGCGGCGAAUCCAAUUUAUGAUAGUCCGGUGGGGCCGAUUCCGAAGUGGCCCGAGCAGAUGGAGGGGAAAUAUAAGUUUAACUGUGUUCAGGGGGAUCUGACGUGCACGCCGGGAGGGUCUUCGACGCUGGCUCAUUUGCGAUAUAACUCGGGGUCGUAUAUCUCGGACAGCGCCAAAUUCGUGGCUCAACAGUAUCAGAAACUGGGUGGCUCGUCUUGAGUCCAUAGUUGGUCGUUAUCCCUGCUCUUCAUGUACAUAUCGUGAUAUGGAGUUUC